AUGAAAGCAUAUGCCUCUUUUCUCGUCAGCUUGUCUGCUUUAGCCACUGCAGCUGAUGUCACGCUCACAAGCUCAGGCUGUGCCGACGCAUCAGGGUUCGAAAAGUGCCAGGCCUCUGCGAACAAGAAGACGAGCAGCUGCAUCGCACAAGCUCGUCACGACAACAGCCAGGAAGAGCUCCUCGCAUGCAGCUGCCAGGAUUACGUCGACAACUUCAACUGCUACGCGGCUUUCUGCUGGAACAGGGUCUGGGAAUGCGAGUACCAGGAGUACAUGGUUUCGUAUUUCAUGAACUGCGCUACUGCCAAGCAACCGGUUCCCUACUUUCCCGCUCCCAAGAAUGCGCCAGGCGCUUGCUCUUGUAACGUUGGGCAGGUUUAUCUCAAUAUCCAGGAUGCCAUUCAACAGACGGCGACGUGUUCCAACAAUGCCGAUUCAGGCGAUGCGGGAAACAAUUUGCAACAGAUUGAGGGCUGCAACUGUUGUGAGAUCAGUGGAGCUCUGUCAAGUAUCGUCGAGAUCUGCCCGAAGACGGAUCCCAACCUUAUCGGCCUAAAACAAAUAUCCACCCUCGAGUCCGAGUUAAAUGUUGACUAUAAAUCUUGCGGGUCAUACAUGGAGACGUACGAUUGUUCGUCCCAACUAUCAUACUCUUUGGAUGGUGUUAGCACAUACUACAAACCCGAUGAUCCCCUCAAGACUGGUACCGCUACCUUGAGCAACGACCCAGGCUCCGUCACGGCACCGGCCAGCGGAAAGGUCUUUUCGUACACAAACGGGGGCGAUGGCACUGUCUAUACUAUCACUGCUGCCGGUGUUGGCAAGGACAAUUCUGGUAGUAAGGGGAGCUCUGAUAGCGAUGGUAGUUCCGGUGCAAGCGACGACGCAUCGAGCGCCACUGGCACAGCAACUGGGGACAGCAGCAAAGCCACUGAGACGGCUAAGAAGAAUGGGGCGGAUAAGUUGGCUACUGGAGGGGUCUUGAAAAUGGGAGCGAUACUGGUCUUGAGUCUUGCCGCAAUUUAUUAG